UAGAGUUUGAAAAAUUCUCAACGGAUGACCCAAUGGACAUGUGAAUAUUCGCAUGAAUUUACUCAUAUACUUAAUUCUAUAGCCUGAAUUUGGGAUUUCUCUUCCACUUCAGGGAAACAACUUUAUCUCAUCAUGGAUAUGGCGGGUCUGAAAGUCGGCGUUAAUGUCGACAUUCAACGGACCGACGGUCGUAUCCAUUCAGCUGUGAUCAGCGGGGUGAAUCCUGAGAUGAGGAGUGUCACAGUUGAAUGGUUUGAGAAAGGGGAAACUAAAGGAAAAGAGAUUGAGGUGGAAGCAAUAUUUGCUUUAAAUCCAGAUCUCCAAACACCUGCGCAACCAGUGCGUGAAAGCCAAUCUUCAAAGAGCUCCAGAAUUCCAAAUGCACAAUCUGGAGAUGGACCAAAAGCUGGUAGGAAAGCACCACUUUCAGCGAAGUCGAGGCGUAGUUAUGCAGCCAAUGCUCAGCCAUCGGUGGUAGCACAGAAUGGACAGUCAGAGAAAGCAGCCGCAGCAGCAGCUGCUUCAAAGGAUGCAGCAGCUCGCAGGAAAUCUAACUGUGUCAAAGAGGUCGAUAAGAUCCGACUGAAAAGAGAGGAACGCAGAGCCCAGCAGAUUGCCAUCAAGGAGGAGCGGGGCAGUGAAUAUGACAUGAGUGACCCCAACUGGGAAUUUAUAGCAAUGAUCAAUGAAUACCGUACAAGUUUAGAGUUCCGUCCAUUGACGUCAUCGGAUCCAAUUGUCAACCAUACAAUAUCUGUUUGUGUCCGUAAGCGCCCUAUGAACAAGAAAGAAUUGGCUAAAAAGGAUGUUGAUGUUUUAACAAUUCCCAACAAAGAGAAUGUGAUAGUUCACGAACCAAAACUGAAGGUGGACCUUACCAAAUAUCUUGAGAACCAGAACUUCCGCUAUGACUACUCCUUUGAUGAGAAUAGCACAAAUGAGAUGGUGUAUAGGUACACUGCCAAGCCUUUAGUGGAGUGUAUAUUUGAAGGCGGAAUGGCCACCUGUUUUGCAUAUGGACAGACAGGGAGUGGUAAAACCCAUACCAUGGGAGGUGACUUUUCUGUCAAGGGACAGCAGGACUGUUCAAAAGGAAUUUAUUGUUUAGCUGCCAGGGAUGUUUUCAAAUUGCUCCAUACCAAGUAUAAGAAGCAAGAGUUGAUUGUAGGGGCAAGCUUCUUUGAAAUUUAUAGUGGAAAGGUAUUUGACCUGUUAAAUAAAAAACAAAAGUUACGAGUACUAGAGGAUCACAAGCAACAGGUUCAGAUUGUUGGGCUCAAAGAAGAACCAAUCUCAAAUCCAGAUGAUGUCUUGCGUCUCAUUCAGCAUGGCAACAAUGUGCGGACAUCUGGGACAACGUCAGCCAAUCAGCAUUCCUCUAGGUCACAUGCAGUAUUUCAAAUUAUCCUCAGACGAAGCAAGUUGAAGCCAUCAGCACGCCAAAAUCAAGCCCCUAUACCGAAUACAAAUAAGUUGUAUGGGAAGUUUUCAUUGAUUGAUUUGGCAGGUAAUGAACGCGGAGCAGACACAUCAAGUGCUGACAGGCAGACAAGGAUGGAGGGUGCUGAAAUUAACAAAAGUCUCUUAGCACUAAAGGAGUGUAUCCGAGCUUUGAGUAGGAAGGGGGCUCACCAGCCAUUCCGUGCUAGCAAGCUGACCCAGGUGUUACGAGAUUCCUUUAUAGGAGACAACUCGAGGACAUGUAUGAUUUCUAUGAUCUCUCCGGGGAUGAGCUGCUGUGAACACACACUGAACACACUGCGAUAUGCUGACAGAGUAAAAGAGCUAGGACCAGGAGGACCUGUGGAGGGGAAGCCGGCAGAGGUGGCCCUACCCAACAACUACAACCUUGGUGCUAUGUCUCCACAAAACAGUGAUCUACAGAUGUUAAAAACCUCCAAUGAAGAGGUCACGGAUGAAAUGCUGACAUUCCACGAAGUUGUCAACCAUAUGCAGGAAAUAGAGGAGGAGGUUAUAGAUGACCACAAGUCGAUUAUAGAGAUAACACAGAAAUGGCUAGCUGAAGACAAGAAACUGUACAAGGCGACAGACGAUGUGGACUAUGAUGUUGAAGCUUAUGCACAACAACUGGACAACCUGCUGGCAAGAAAGAUCCAAACACUAACGGCUCUGAGAGAAAAAGUAUCAAGUUUCCGCAAUGAUUGUCAGGAAGAGGAAAACCUUAGCAAGAACUUAAAGAGUCGAAGACAACCAAAUUCAAAGUGAUCCUCAGUUAACGAGGUGCAGACAUGUAUUCAUUAUCAUCUGUUUUACCAUAUGCACAUAGUGUUGCCCGUCUAGGCUUCAGCUCAUGUUUCACUUCCAUUUCUCCUGCUGAUGAGAUUUUCUUUCAAGUUCAAAAACAAGAUUCGCUAGUCUAGCUUGAAAUUGGUGUAACCUCCAGCAUCAUUUUCCCCCAACAAAUCGAAGGACUGGAACGAGCCAGCUGUAAAUGGGGACAAGUAGUGUGGCAAAAAUGUGCCGUUAUUCAGCCAAGUCUGUGAUAUAGAAUUUGUUGUGAAGCUCUGCUGUAGUUGGCGUGCAUUUCGUAGUCAGGAGGAAGUUUUGUGGAAGCCUGUGGACACUAUAUAGCUACAACCGUGUACAGGACUAUUGGGACUUUUCUUCAAAUCUUCAACUUCAUCAGUCAUCUGUGUUGUGAUUCAAAGAUCAGAUAUCAGGGAGAGAUGCUGGUGAACUGUCUCUAAGAUUUUAACAGUUUUUGUGAUUAUCUCUCCUCUACACAUUAUUUCUGAAGGACAGACUGUCAUGUGGUUUACAGUAACGAUGUGGUCACAACUUGCUAUAGCCGUUCACAGGUGCUCAAGCGUUCACCCACCACCGUUAUUUACAAGUCAUUGUUAUAGUUAUUACCAGUUCAUUUAUAAAGCCAAUAUGGGAGAGAGACGAGAAUUUUAUGUGAUAUUUAUUUUCUAUUAUUAGUACAAAUUGUUGUAUUAUUAUAAACAUGUGUACAUUUGUGAAAUGCAUGCAUGUAUUUAGCUGUUAUAGGUGUAUCAUAGAGAUUUUUGAAAAUUGUGUGAAUGAAUGCGAGUAAGUACCAUUACUACACCCUUAACCAGCAUAAACAUACACCAUCAUGUCUUCUUAAGCGAUUGAGUGUUUAUUUCUUGCCUUGAAGUUUCAACAUUGGUGAUAAUUCAGUGACUUGAAAUCGAUAGGCAACAGCUGAUGGCUUCAUUAUUUGAUAAGCUUGUAAGUACAGAUUUUAGAGGUUGAAAAUGUGUUCUGCUGUUAUUAAAUGUUGUCAUAUUAAACUGACAACUUUCAUGUUGCCGGGGAUUGUCUGAAAGGUAAUUCAUGUUUAUGAUCAAAUAUCAACUUAAAGCUAGGUAGACAAGGUUGCUGAAUAAAGUCGAGCAAGAGGUCAUGUUUCAAUGUUAAUCACAGGGACAGGAGAUCCAGUAUAUUUAAUGUAGCAUUUUAUCUGGAUAAGAUUCAUAAGCAUAAUCAUACACAUUCUUUAGAGUACUAGGAUAUAUUAAUGAGAGAAAAAGAUACAAGACCAACAGUAUAUGUAUUAGGUCUAUCUAAAUCUCAUGUAAAGUAUUUUUGUGGAGAUAUUUUGAGCCACAUGCACAAUGAACAAUAUUUGCUAUGUUUAACAGAUGAGAUGUAAAUAAUUAUCUGGAAGCCUUUUUUUUCCUUUCUUUUGUUUUUGAGAGAAGUUAUUUUACAAAGCACUGUACACACAGGUAUAUAUUGACGUGUAUUGUAAUUUCCUGGAUCUGUUUGUCAUACGACAUGAUGAUCUGGCUUCUUUCAUAUGUAGAAUCACAUCAUGAUGUUCACAUAUUUUUACCAUUUUACCAGGGACGCAUGUCACAUGAGUAGUGUUCAUUUUAAACAUUAAAACCAUGGUUAGUAUGCAGAUUUAUGUCUGUCACUUAAGUAUUUGUACUUCUACAUCCAAAGAUCCUAUUUUACAUUAAAAUACCACCCAGCAAUGAACAAAUAUAAGGUUGAGUAAUUAUCGUUUUCUGGCUUUAAUGAUAUUAUGAAUCGAUACAUUUAUGUAUUUCAUUCAAUGAUAGAUAUGAAAGGUUUGUAUAUUUCUAUGCAAAGAAAUGUACUAUAUAUAUUAUUAGUAGGUUGUGUUAUUAAGAUUCAAGCAGGGCAUACAGCUUCCGACCAGAGUAUCGGGCUAGGGUAAGCUUAAAAUGAUCUAUGGCAGUAACUGCUUUGUGGUAGUGAUGUACAUAAGGAAGGCUGAAGAAUGAGACAACACACUCACACAGCAGUAUACAAACAUUCUAAAUACUUUCCUGUGUUCUUAUUAUUAAGAGUUACGGUGCAUGACACCUUAAUAUACAGCUGUUGGUACCUGAUAGAUACACAGUAUUGAUGAACAGUAACUGAGUGACAGGUACAUGCCCCUGCUAGUUUGGUCCAGUGGUGUACUUUGUAUUGGGUGGACAUGUGAGCUUGCUUUACCCAGGUCUUUCCAUUGAUGUUCAGAGCCUUGUGAUUCAGUAUAAUUUGUUAUUUAAGCUGUGCAGUUUCAUCAUAAUUGUGACAUCGAUGAGUAAUUUGAUAAGUUAGAAUUAUGUUCAUGUUUUCAUGCUAGUAAAUUAAUAACCAGUAAAUUGGGUCUGCUUUUAUAUCUCGCAUUCCAAGCAGUUUGACUUGUCGAACUAGAAUUGUUCGUUUAUGAAGUAGGGGCAGACCCUAGUGGGAGAAUAAUUGUGAGCCUGGUGAAGCCUUUUAUAUUUACUUCAGAAAAGGCUCAACUAUUCUGGCCGCAGGAGAGAUUAUACUAGGAAAAUAUUCUCUUUUUUUUUAAUAUAUAUUUAUUUAAAUACUUCUUCACAAAAUAAUCUAGUAGCCCGGUAAGGAAUCAUAUGCUCAUUGUGAACUAGUGUGAUAUACCUAUACCCGUCUCCACAUAGAAUCCAUUUUAUGUGAUAUUACAAUUAUCAGGGUCUAAUGACCGCCAAUUGUUCUCUUCAACAAUGCUUCAAUACAUCUGACGUGAGAACCUGCCACAACAGUUAGUACAUCACAAAACCUGUGAUGCAAUACAGAGGAAGCUGAUAGCAAUAUAUGAUGUGUGUAAUUUGUGGUAUAAUGUGGCCAAUCUGCAUUACAACAGUUCUUGUAGUGGUAGUGUUAUGACCACAAGCCACAUUCCAUGUUACAACAGUGCUUGUAGUUAUAGCCAAAGCCCAAUAACAACAGUGCUAAUAGUGGUAGUGAGAUGUGUGAACGUGUGUGUGUUUGAGUGCAUGUACUGUACUGAGACUCAUCAUGUUGGUGAUCCUACUACAGUUUGUGAGUAGUAUGCCAGUCCUCGUUACAACAGUUCGCCUAGUAGUAGCGAGAUGUGUGAAUGUGCGUGUUCCUGUGUAUUGAGCCUCAUCACGUUGGUGAUCCUACUACAGUUUGUGUGUGUAGUAUGCCAGGCCUAGUUACAACAGUGCUAAUAGUCGUAGUGAGAUGUGUGAACGUGUGUGUGUUUGAGUGUAUGUACUGUACUGAGCCUCAUCAUGUUGGUGAUCCUACUACAGUUUGUGAGUAGUAUGCCAGGCCUCGUUACAACAGUUCGCCUAGUAGUAGCGAGAUGUGUGAAUGUGCGUGUUCCUGUGUAUUGAGCCUCAUCACGUUGGUGAUCCUACUACAGUUCGUGUGUAGUAUGCCAGGCCUCGUUACAACAGUGCUCGUAGUGGUAGCGAGAUGUGUGAAUGUGCGUGUUCCUGUGUAUUGAGCCUCAUCACGUUGGUGAUCCUACUACAGUUUGUGUGUAGUAUGCCAGGCCUCGUUACAACAGUGCUCGUAGUGGUAGCGAGAUGUGUGAAUGUGCGUGUUCCUGUGUAUUGAGCCUCAUCACGUUGGUGAUCCUACUACAGUUUGUGUGUAGUAUGCCAGGCCUUGUUACAACAGUGCGCCUAGUGGUAGGCGUUGGUUUUACUAACUGCUUAAACUAAAACAGAGAGACUUACCUUCAUUACAUAGGUAAGUCUCAUCAACGAAAGUGGGGAGGCGUUAACCUUAUACAUGUAUGUCAUUUAUAUACUUUAUUUUGAUUAUGCAAAACAAACAAUAUACUUAAUAUAUAUACGUGUAUAUGCAAUUACAUGUAUUGUCAGUAUAUAGAUUACGGUAAGGAAGAAUGAUGGUCAGCCUGGUCACCAAAAAACUUGAUGUUGCUUAUUUUAUUUGACCAAUAACUAAGAAAUACAACAAUUACAUUUUGUACACUCACUGAAUUAUAAGUUUUUGCAUUUAAAAGAAGACUGUGUCUCUUAAUGAGGUUAUAUUGUUCUGCUCAAUUUUAAAUUUGACUAUUGGGAAGGGACCAUAGAUUUUGAAAAGUGUCUGCAAGAUAUGACCACCCAAAUUCAUUUUUAUUGUUCUUCUUUAAUUUUACAAAAAAUGAUUUGGUGAAUAUCAUCUACCCUUGAAGAAUAAACAAUUCCAGAACUUACAAACAUCCAUACAUCUUUGUACAUUUUACCAUUUAAUUUAUUGUAUAUAUUAUUGAAGUAUGCUGAAUAUGAACCACCUUCACGCCAGUUUAAAUCACAAUUUAUACUCCAAAGAUUACUCACCCUAUAUACGUUGUGGUAUGUGGUACUCCAAUCGGCUUGUAUAUUCCACGCCAUGUACAUGUACGUCUGUGGAUUGUGAUAAUAACCUAAAGCUUGUAUAUCCCACAUCACAACAGUACCUUAAUACAUGAAUAUCUAUCUGUAGUACUCACAGAAGCUUCUAGUGUCCACCAUGCCCACACACCUUACCAUGUACAUAGGGCCCUUGGUACCUCCAUCAACUUGUAUACUCCAGCGUGACAUACAUUUACUAGCCAUGUACAUAUUGUGCAUCAUGAUGGUAUUUGCAUCAUCUAGUAUUCUCUCAAUUCAUACCUCUAAAGAUUUUAUACUUUAGGAUAUCCUCAAAUUUACCUGUCAUCAUAUUAUGGUGGUACUUGGUCUUAUCUUGGUACCUUGAUGUACUGAAUUGUCUUCUCAGUAUUGAUGCUGUUGUGAACUAGGGGGAGGAUUAGUUCAUCAUUCAAUAAAGAUUUGCUGCACAUAUUACAUCAGAGGUAUGUGAAAUGGAGAAAGAGAAAAAAUUGAAUAUUAUAGCAGUGUUAUCAAUGUGUAGCAUCACAUCAUGGGGUUCACCACAAUAAUGAUGUAGCACACCCAGUUACAUGUGAUUGCCCUGUACCUGUAUUAAUCAUGUCUUAGCUAUUCUGUUGUUUAUAAUAUUGAUUUCCACCAAAAUGUUACCAAAUGAUCUGCAAUGGGAAAAAAGAAAAUAAAUCAUUUU